CAACACCCAAUAUCUAUGGUUAAAACGGUUGGAAAGAAUCACGCGCAGUCGAUCGACGCAGGUCGACGGGUCGUGAUCGGUGAGAGAAGGAUCGCAAUCGCGUCGGAUUUCGCAUCGUGUCGCAUCACGUCACAUCGGGGUCAGAUCAGAUCAGUUAGGAUCGCUGUCGUUGUCAUUGUCAUCAUCGUGAUAAGUAAUCACGCAGAGAUGUUUCAUGUACGGAGUCUUACGCGAUCAUCAAUCGCCCUGAAGCAAGCACCGGGAAAUGACGUCGUGCACAGCAUGCUGGCGCGCGCCGCGCUGGCUGCCGUUCAAACGGCGGCUCGUCGGGGAUUUGCCGAUCACCAAAUUCCGGACCGUCUCAAGGAUGUGCCUGAAGCACCAAAUCCCAGAUUCUUCGAUAUGGUGGAAUAUUUUUUUCAUCGCGCCUGCCAAAUCAUCGAAGACAAGUUGGUCGAAGACAUCAACAAACGAUCACGCGUACCCAUCGAAGAGCGUAAAAAAAAGGUCAAGGGUAUCUUGAUGCUCAUGGAACCGUGUGAUCAUAUCCUGGAAACUACGUUUCCGCUCAGACGCGAUUCCGGUGAUUAUGAGAUGAUCACCGGCUAUCGUGCCCAACAUUCGACCCAUCGAAUACCGUGCAAAGGAGGUAUCCGUUUCUCGAUGGAUGUUUCAAGGGAUGAAGUUAAGGCCUUGUCGGCUCUAAUGACAUUCAAAUGUGCGUGUGUCGACGUACCUUUUGGCGGCGCUAAAGCCGGCAUUAAGAUAAAUCCUAAAAACUAUUCGGAACAUGAAUUGGAGAAAAUUACCAGGAGAUUUACUUUGGAAUUAGCAAAAAAGGGAUUUAUCGGACCUGGUGUUGACGUACCUGCUCCUGACAUGGGAACCGGCGAGCGAGAAAUGUCCUGGAUAGCCGAUACUUAUGCAAAAACCAUCGGCCAUCUCGAUAUCAAUGCUCACGCUUGUGUUACUGGCAAACCCAUUAAUCAGGGUGGUAUUCAUGGCCGCAUUUCUGCGACAGGCCGUGGAGUGUUUCAUGGAUUAGAAAAUUUUAUCAACGAAGCUAAUUACAUGAGCAUGAUUGGUACUACACCUGGUUGGGGAGGCAAAACAUUUAUUCUCCAAGGUUUUGGUAAUGUAGGUUUGCAUUCGAUGCGUUAUUUGCAUCGUGCAGGUGCGACUUGUAUAGGCGUGAUUGAACACGAUGGAUCCAUUUAUAAUCCAGAAGGUAUCGAUCCAAAAGAAUUAGAAGAAUAUCGUAUAGAGAAUGGUACCAUCGUUGGCUUUCCUGGAGCCAAACCAUACGAAGGCGAAAAUCUCAUGUAUGAACCGUGCGACAUAUUUAUACCCGCUGCCAUAGAGAAAGUAAUUACCAAAGAAAACGCCGGACGUAUCCAGGCGAAGAUAAUUGCAGAAGCUGCCAAUGGACCAACCACUCCUGCCGCAGAUAAGAUUCUAAUCGAUAGGAAUAUUCUUGUAAUCCCCGACCUGUAUAUUAAUGCCGGUGGUGUCACAGUCUCAUUCUUUGAAUGGUUAAAAAACUUGAACCAUGUAUCAUAUGGUCGUUUGACUUUCAAAUAUGAGAGAGAAUCUAAUUAUCAUCUCUUGGAAUCGGUACAAGAGUCUCUAGAACGUAGGUUUGGUCGUGUCGGCGGCCGUAUUCCUGUCACACCAUCCGAAGCUUUCCAAAAGCGUAUAUCUGGUGCUUCCGAAAAGGACAUUGUGCACUCUGGUCUAGACUAUACAAUGGAAAGAUCCGCUAGGGCCAUUAUGAAGACUGCCAUGAAAUUCAAUCUUGGGCUUGACUUGAGGACAGCUGCAUAUGCCAAUUCUAUUGAAAAGAUAUUUACUACUUACUCAGAGGCCGGUCUCGCUUUUUAAACAUUUUAGUCGAAAAAUUGCGUAAAGCGAAUAUUACAAUACGAUAAGAGUAAAGUCAGUUUUUACCAAUUGGUCGCAACAAAUAUCUCGAUAUAUCGUUCAAUAAAUAUUCGUAGAUAACGGUUGAUGAUCAAGUUGCGACUAACAAGAUAUCAAAACUCUAGCAAUGAAAGCGUAUCUCGUAUAGCAUUAUUUAUCACAUUUUGCAUUGUAAUAAUUUGCCUCUAUUAUACAUACAUAUAUGCAUAUAUGCGCUCUCUCUCUGUUU